AUGAUGUGCACCUUUGCCAAAGUUCCUUGGGAGGAUGUCAAAUACUCGGUCAAACAAAAAGCCAAGGGCAGCUGGAUUGCCCCGGAGUGGGAGCUAGACCAGAGACCGCAGCUGCGACAGCAAAAUCCGCUGGUCCAGCUUCCUUAUGUCAUCAACCAUUCAACUGGUGAGGUGAUUGCCCAAUCAAGUGCUGUUUACCUUUAUCUGGGCCGGAUUCUGGGGCUUGGCGGUGCCACUCACCAGGAACAGAUGGCCAACGAGCAGGUGCUGUUCUACUUGUACGGGAUGUGGAUGGAGAUUCGAGAUCUGGUCUAUCCCUCCUACACCAGCAGGACGGAAGAGAGUUUUCGAUCUUCGCUGGACAAUCAUUUCUCAGGUGUGUCCGCCCACUACGAAAAGCUGGAAGCGUGGCUGAGGCGAAAGGAUACUCCUUUCUUUGCCAGCUCAAGGCCGUGCACAGCCGAUUUUCAUGUCUGGGAGAUGUUGGACCAGCAGGAGUGCAUGGCUCGUGCCUAUGGCUUCGCAUCUCCACUUGGGGAUAGUGCUUGCUUGAAGGCUUUUUAUCAGCGGUUUCGAGAACUUCCCGAGUUGGAACCGUACUUCGCCAGCGGAGACUAUUCUUUGCCAAUGAACAACAAGAUGGCCUUUUACAAAUGA